GAUCGCAUAGAAGAAGAAACGUAUGGAAAGGCAUCCAUUGUAUGAGCAAUUUGCACGGGAAUGCCCCGAUGCCCCACAAAAGGUCCGAUGGCUGUCUUUUCAGGUUUAUCUGGAUCUAGUGCUAGCAAAGGAAUGGGCAAACGUCCACGCCAGAUUUGUUAAGUCUCUCGAGAAGAUUGUACUACUUGCUCGGAGAGAAUUGGAGGAAGAAGCAGAAAUUAUGGUACCAAUGACGGAAGCGGAAUCAUGGUCGGUGUCCAGCGUUUCGAUACUCUUCUCGCAAUUGUCAGAGAUUUCUUUAGAGUCGUCCUCAGACUUGGAAAGCCUCGUCCUUGCGAUCAUGUCGACAGAUUCCACGGUGGUCUAUUAUCGUAUCUACAACGGACUCGUUCCUCCAGAAGAGGAAAAAGAGCGAUGAGCCAGCACCAGGAUUUGUAGGAUUCUUCUGAAGAUUACGAAAGCUCGUAACUGACACUUGGCGAAAGCACCGUCGGUUUACGCUAGAGCAAUACCGGCCUGAAUAGCCGCGCCGUUCGCAGCUAGCAGUCAAGGACGACCGAAACGGCUCCAGGGUUAGAUUGUGGAAGAUUGCAUACAUUGUCGAGGGAACACUGCACUCCUCCUUCAAAUGCCAGCAAAGAGUGAAAGCGAUUUCAAGGUCUUGGAGACAAAGCAAUUAAUAUUCCACUACUACGUCUACAAAUCAUUUGACUCGCAUGGCGAUUACGCUAGCGUAUCUGUAUGUAGUGAAUAAACACUUUUGAUCUCUUGCCAUA